GGAACGAACUGAGGGGGGCCAGUGAAGUGAAUCGGUGGAUGCAGACCAAGGAACGAAUUCUUGGUUUCAAUCUGGAAUAGGAAUCUUUGCCGAGAUGCUAAUCGGAACCGUAAUCGCACCUCGUUACUUUUUCUCGAGAAACAAACAAAAAUCAUCUGCGUCCUCACCGUUUUCUUCUUCGCCGGUGGUUCCUCUGUGCUCAGGGAGAAGGCCUAGAGAUCCACGAAAAGAUGACGAUAAUGAUGAUCAGAAACGUGAUAAGCCCUCAACAGAUUGGGACAAGGCUUGGUCGAAGUUCAGAAAGCGAGGGAAAAAGACGAUCUUCUCGGAUUUCUCUCCAAACAAAUAUGUAAGCUGGAAUCCGCGAAGAUCGGAAUAUCCAUUGUCCGAAGAAGUAGAUCCCAUCAAAAGAACAGAGAGAUCAAACCUGAUGCUGUGGACUAGUCCAAGGUUUACUCUAGCAGGUGCAAUUGUAAUUGUCACAUUCCUGUUGGUCUAUACCAUUCUUGCACCAAUUAAUAAGUGAUUUUUGCUUAGCUCCUACCUUGCUUCUUCUUCUUCUUCAUCUUAUGAUGUUCUUGAUUGUAGACAGGGAGAUUCAGUUGAAGAAGGUCUGUAAAUUUGUAUGGAAAUUCAAUGGAAUCUGUGUUCUUCUUUGUUUU